UCCAGAGAGUAUAUAGUGGCAGACACAAAGUCGUAUCGUCAGUUCAGUCUGAUCUUCCGACUCCAGUUCACGCUUCCGAACGACAAAGGAAAAUGUUUUACAGUGUGGCAGUCCUUCUGGCCGUAACAGCCGUCGCGUUCGCAGACCCUGAAGCUGAUGGAGGGUAUGGGCACGGCGGAGGAAAACAUGGUUACGGAGAACCUCUUCCAUACUAUUAUGGAUACCACGUGAGUGGUGACUACAAAGGCCCCCACUUCCAUCAAGAGGAAAAGUCUGACGGAAAGGCUGUUUACGGAUCCUACACCGUCGCUCUCCCCGACGGACGAAAGCAGCAUGUGAAAUAUACAGCUGAUCAUUACAAAGGCUUCGUCGCCCACGUCAGCUACAAAGGGAAGGCUCAACAUCCUUCGUAUUACGGACCUGCCGUCGUUUUCGAUCACAAGGGAGGCUACCACUGAUUCAUUUUCCUUCUUUACAUCUGCGUUUAUGCAGAGCAACCUAUGAAUAUGUAUCUAAAGAAUGUAUUUGUUUAUAAACAGAC